AUGUUUAUUGAAAUUAAACCAAUAGAAUCAUCGGAACACUUGAAUCAAGACGAAUCCACUCCACACAAAACCAAAGAUAAUCAAUUUGACGAACAAUUAACUGAGAAAAACAAAUCUAAAUCUCCACCUGAUACACCAUCUGACUUAACCGUAUUUACAAAUUCAUCAUCUUCAACUUUUAAUCAAGUGAAUUGCUUUUAUACGAUGAAAAUAUUAGACGAUAUUCGUAAAUUCUUUACCGACCAACAAAAAGAUCUACAAAAUCAAAAAAAGGAAAUUUCUCGUACUAUUGAUCAGUGGCGGACAGACUGUGUUAGAGAGAUUGAACAACAUGCGACAGAAGAAAAGAAGCGACUUGAUCAACUAUAUGAAUAUCAGAAAAAUUGCUUUGAAAAACAACGUCGUAAUUUCACGGAAGAAGCUACCAAACAAGACAAAUCAAAAAACAAGGAACAACUAUCUCAACUGUUGGAACGAUGUCAAGAAUUACAAUUUAAACUAGCCAAACCCGAAUACUAUCAACACUCAACUGAGUUUAUACAUAUCAUCAUGACCGAAGAACAACUAUCACAGAUGCAUCAAGGAAAGUCAUCCAGAAACAAUUCAUUAACAGAUUAUAAUAUAAACAUUGUUAAUGAUGAUGGCGUAAAUGAAAGGUCAUUGCAAAAGCCAACAUUCGCAAAUGCUAAGCAAGCAAGUCGAAGAUCUUCAACAACUCAAACUUCACCCAAACAUGAAGCUCAUAACUCUCAGCCUAAUACUACAACUAGAGAUGAUAUGGAAGAUAAAUGUCCAUUAUGUUUUAUGAUAUUUCCACAGAAUAUGACGAAACAAGAUCGACAGCUACAUGUUAAUGAGCAUUAUACAGAUGAUUAA